AGUCCCAGCCAGAGCCCGGAAUUGAACCCAAUCAAACAUCUCUGGAGAGACCUGAAAAUGGCUGUCCACCGAUGGCCCCCAUUCAACCUGACAGCGCUUAAGAGGAUCGGCAAAGAAGAAUAGCUGAAAAUCCCCAAAUCCAGGUGUGCAAAGCUUGUCUUUGCAAAGACUUGAGGCUGUAAUAUCUGACAGAGGUGCUUCAACUAAGUAUUGAGUUAAGGGUCUGAGUACUUAUGCCAAUGUGAUAUUUCAGUUUUUUUUUUAAGUUUUUUUUAUAUAUAUAUAAAUUUGCAAAGUUAUAAAAAAUCUAGUUUUUGCUUUAUCAUUAUGGAGUUUGGAGCAUUGAUUGAUCUGGAAAACAAAAAUAAUAAUUUAAAGCAUUUUAGCACAAGGCUAACACAUGAAGGGGUCUGAAUACUUUCUGAUUGCACUGUAUCUAUCUGUCUGUCUGUGCUUAUUUCUCACUGAGUUUCUUUCUCUUUUAAAGUGUAAAGUCUUGUAAAUUACAGGGAGGAUGUGUGAUGUCGAGAGCCGCCUCUCUCGCUCUCUCCAAUUAAACCAUCACACUCAAAUUCCCUUUAAUCCUCUGCAAUCCAAACCACCAACCUGCAUUUGUUGAUGUUAAUUCAAAACUCUCAGAUUCCAAGAUAUUACCAUACAAGUAAUUACUGCAUGCACUACUAGUUUGACUGGCUGGUAAGGAGAGAUUGGCGAGUAUGUGUAUGGAAAGGGAAACCUUUUUGGAUUUGAGAGAUUCUUAAACUGAAACUCAAAACUAGAGCUGUUUUUAAAUUUUUAAUUAAGUUAAACUGGUAUAUAGCACAUAGAACAAACACUUCUAAACAAGACCGCAUUCUAAGUGUUUCCAUAGUGUGGAAGAAGUGAAAAACUGCAGAUUGCAUUGUAAUUGUGGGCAAAGCCAAAAGUGCACACAUGAGUGUGCUGAAAGUGAUUACAGUUGAGUUCAUCUCCAAGUCAGGACGAUGAUGUUUAAGAGCCAAACCAUUUAGCAGUUUGCAGCAUGCAAGAAUUUUUAUCACUCUCUCAGCAGUACCAGUGAGGUUUUGCUAUGUCAGCAUUCAGUGCAUAAAAAAAGCAGUCAGAGCGUUAGUGUGAGACCCGCCCACCCAGUCACACACACUUACCCACAGUCAUACACUCACACACAUUAACUUUGCUAUCUAACUUCUAUUAUUUUAUAUAAAGCUAAUUAUAAUUACAAUAGACUUUAUACUAAACCCUUAAAAAAACAUGUUUUACUUUUUGAAUGAAUGAAUGAAUUUUGUUAUCAUUUGUUAUUUCAUAUAUUAAAUGUUUUUACAAAUUAGGAAAUCCCCAGAUUUCCCCAAAUGUUGUUUCUGUAAAUAUGUAACUCACAACUGUUAUACACACACACCAACACAUUGUGAAGUGUGCUCUCAUCUGACCGGAAACACAUGGUAUUAACUGUACAAUAGGCAGCACUGUUUUCACUGGGCAUUUCCCUGGUAAGCGUGGCUGCCAAGCCAGACGUGCCUUGAGAACACAGAUUUAGUAGUUAACAGUCAUUUUGAGUGAGCAUACUGAUCAGGUUUUUGUGUUUCUGUUUUUUUUUAUUCUUUAGUUUAUCUUGAAGUUGUGUGUGCACACACACGUUUGAUAUCAUACUGCUCUUGGCUGUUUAUUUGAGCAGUUGGCUGCGUUUGGAAACCAAUUUGCUGCCAGAUUGUUGCACUCUUUCCUUGAUUUGUAGCAUAGUUUUUAUAAUGAGAUUGUGAUUAGCCGCAGAUAUUUUUCAGCUCUUGCGCAAACAGUUCUCUUGAAAAAGACAAUUCUUUCAUCAUUUACUCACAUUCAUGUUUUUCCAAACCCGUAAAUGAUGACAGAAUUUUCACUUUUGGGAUAAAUAUCCCUUUAAUAUGACACUUACUGUGGUGGUUGUUUGUUGCUGAUGGGGAAAGUAGUGAUUUGGAGGGAUGUUGCAUACGAGUGGGCUUAAUCACUCAAAAUUUGUUGUUCCGCAAUCUUCCACCACAAAUUUAAAAGCUCUUCUGACAUCACUGACAGCUUGCAACUGUUUUGGUUUAAGUGCCACUCCUAAAUUAGCCUGGCUUAUUUGUUUUCUUAUUUCCAUCAUGGGCUUUCAAUCACACCUUCAUCUUUAACUUUCAGUUAAAUGACGUUUGAUGUUUUUUAUGGGCGAUGAGAGAAUGCUUUAAGUGUAUUUAAUGUACUCUGCAUUCAUUGUUAUUUGCAGUUUCCAAACCAGAAACAGAUUCAAUCUGUGAACAGGCAAUUUCUAAGAUGUUUUGCAUUUUACUGACAAUAUUUAUUGCCAUGUUAUCCUAUUGAACACACUGGUACCAAAAUCUGAGUCAAUAACCUUGCUCCUCCUUACACUUUAAAUAAAGUACUUUCUAUUGGGAAGAAAAGGCUUGAGUGAGGUUUAAGACGCCAUUUAUUUGAUGAAUAUAAAACAGAAAUGUAAUGUCUCUCUUUGGCAUAGGCCCCGUCUGGCGGUCCGAGGGAGUUGUACUCGGAACUGUCAUAUCCUGCCAGAGAUAGGAGGCAGGGGCGAGGAGCUACCCCCAUGCAGGACAGGACUCAACUGGUGGUGGUGGUGUGGUGGAUGUUGCCUUGUUAGCACACUGAAACAGCAAUGUGAUAGAUUGUGAGCAGACUUAUAAAGCAAUGGCUUGCAUGCGAUUGGCUAGGAAUUACCCAGCUAAUGGUGUGAUGAUGUAGAGCUGAGAACUACGCUGCGCUUACAUUUAUGGUAUUUGUUUUAUGGACAUUGAACUAUGGUAAUAUCAUUUAUUUUUGGUCACCACCAUUAUAGAAAUGCCAUGAUAUUCUUUGUAAUAUCAAGUAACUUAGAGUAGCACUUAAAUACCAUAAUAAACAUGUAUGGAAUUCAUACAGUACAAGAGUAUAUUUCAAAGUACCAUGGCAUUGCCAUUUGAUACUAUCAUUGUUCGUCAAUAACAUCACUUACCUCAUCUGAGUGGUACAAGGCUUGGAGGCUUUUCCUACACUUGCCAUCUGACACACUCAAAAAAUAAUUGUACAUGACUCUAAGACACAGGGUCCACACAUACUAAACAUAUCCACACGGCUCUAAGUUUGAGUCUGACCUCUGUGUGAAAACCUUAUGCUAGAAGUUUGAUGUUUGAAAUAAAUUAUAGAUAAAAAUAAACACAUAAAAUGUGUUUAUUUUGUAUGAAAAAUCAAUGCAGUAGGUUAGUAAUUUAGAGGUAAAUAAGGUCAAAAAUACCAUCAAAUUCAACAAAAAAAUGUAUAACUGAAGUCUUUUUACUUUAAUAAAGUUAUAAAUAUUUUAUUUAUUUAAAAAAAAAGGGGAGUUACACAUUUUAUAUUUCGGGUCAGAUUUGAUCUGAACAGUAAAACCGUAAACUUCCGAUCAACAGUGUUAAAGGGUUUCAUUUACAUGGCCCAGGACAAAAUUUUGUAGGUGACAAAUGUUUUGUUAUUUGUGUCAUGUUAGUGUGCCUAGCGUUCCCCAGGCCCAGACUCAGAGGUCCCAGUCGUUGCCAUGGAUCCCAGCAGUUGGAGCGGCAGUGAAAGUGCCGGGGAGGAUAUCGAGAGGAUGAGCGACUCGGCCGAUAAGCCCAUGGACAACGACGCUGAGGGCGUUUGGAGCCCUGACAUUGAGCAGAGCUUCCAGGAGGCUUUGGCCAUCUACCCGCCCUGCGGCCGACGGAAAAUUAUCCUGUCCGAUGAGGGGAAAAUGUAUGGUCGUAAUGAAUUAAUCGCCAGAUACAUCAAACUCAGAACUGGGAAGACACGGACAAGAAAGCAGGUCUCCAGUCAUAUCCAGGUUCUUGCCCGGCGGAAAUCCAGAGAAUUUCACACCAAGCUAAAGGACCAGACUGUGAAAAAUGAUGCACUCAACAGGAUGGCAGCCAUGUCUUCAGCACAGAUCAUCUCGGCCACCGCCAUCCACAGCAGACUGGGUCUGGCGGGGCUCCCACGGCCCAGCUUGACUGGGGCAGGAGGGUUUUGGCAGGUGUCGACAGGGCAGCCUGGUUCCUCACAAGAUGUUAAACCUUUCCCACAGCAGAAUUACCCCAUCCAAACAGCCACAGCCAUUGCAGCUUUCGAGUCCCCCACACCCCCAGCUGCUGCAGUGCCUGCAUGGCAGGGACGCUCUAUCGGCACCUCCAAACUGAGGCUUGUGGAGUUCGCCGCCUUCCUGGAGCAUCAGCGGGACCCAGACUCAUACAACAAGCAUCUGUUUGUGCACAUCGGCCAGACAAAUUAUUCAUACAGCGACGCACUCCUUGAGACAGUGGAUAUACGUCAAAUCUACGAUAAAUUCCCUGAGAAAAAGGGGGGGCUAAAAGAGCUGUUUGGAAAAGGGCCUCAGAACACCUUCUUCCUGGUUAAGUUCUGGGCCGAUCUGAACUGUAACAUCCAGGAGGAUUCUGGAGCGUUCUAUGGCGUGACCAGUCAGUAUGAGAGCUCGGAGAACAUGACCAUUACCUGCUCGACAAAGGUCUGCUCCUUCGGAAAACAAGUGGUUGAAAAAGUUGAGACAGAGUAUGCUCGGUUUGAGAAUGGCCGUUUUGUGUACAAAAUCAGCCGGUCGCCCAUGUGUGAAUACAUGAUCAACUUCAUCCAUAAACUAAAGCACCUGCCUGAGAAAUACAUGAUGAACAGCGUACUAGAGAACUUCACCAUACUAUUGGUGGUGUCGAACAGAGAAACACAAGAGACGCUGCUGUGCAUGGCCUGUGUGUUUGAAGUAUCAAACAGCGAGCACGGCGCUCAGCAUCACAUCUACAGACUGGUCAAAGACUGAGACGCCACAUCUCGUACGACAAACACUAUGAACAGUCAGCCAGCUACACGCUGCCCACAGAGAGCGGAAAAAGAACUUGAGAACAGUGGCGACUUUAUAUUCACUGAUGUUUUUACCCGGGGCAACUACACAGCUGACAGCAGCCAAUGGCGGAAGAGCCUGUCUGACUAAGAAAUGCUUUUGAAAGUCUCAUAAGCUCAUUUUAAAUGACUGUGUCUCUGGCCGUCCCACCCAGAAGGCUUUCAGCACAUUUUUCUGGAAUUAAUAACUACAUUUAUUAUAUUUUUUGUCAUUUGUGUUUUGGUAUUUGUUUUUCUUUUUAAUCUGUUGUGUGGGUAAACUGGCGGUACGGUCUUGUUACUUUGUUAGGAUGUCUAUGUUUAACCUGGUGGAUGUUUUAAAACAUGUGUUUUGGAUGAAUGUUGCCUAUAUAAAAUUGUAUUGGCAUAGUUUUUUAUUUUCACACUGAACAGUAGAUUUCAAAGACUUUGCCCCCAGGUAUUUUUCACCUUUAGUGAAUUUAAAUAAUGAAAGAAUAAAAAGGUACUCUAUCAUUUUUGUGGAACUGCCUUAUACACUGUACAGUGUGACCUACAAUUAAACAACCUAAAACACUAUACUUAGAUACAUGCAUUUAAAAAAAAAAAAAAUAGAACCAUUUAGAAAACAGCUAAAAAUUAUUAAUUGAACAGAUCACAGGAUAUAGAUAUUUCACAUCUAAAAAAAAAUCACCUUUGUUGUGUUGUUUGUAUAUCCAGUAGUCAUUUGAGGUGAUACAUUUGUGAAUUUCAGAGCAUUUAGUUAAACUAGCACAUUUUUAUUAGAUAAAUUGUCCGUUCCUUCCCAUAUCAAAAGAUGCUACAAAAGCAAGGGAUUUUACAUAGCAAAACCACCAAAGCAUAAAAGAAUAUCGUGCCUUAGAAUUAGACAAAGUAUAAGGAUAAACACUGAGUAAAAGUAUGUGACCUCAUUUGCCGUUUGUAUUUUGUCCCAUAAAAAUAUUGACAGGUAUACAGUUUUUUUUUUUUGUCAAGCCAGUCUAAGCAAAGUAGGUCACUAAUCUGUCUCUUUUUGUACACCAAAUAAAUACACUCUAUCACUUCUGUUCAUGCCAAGUGAAUGCUACAGGUGUUGAAAGUGCCUUGUGUGUUUGUUUGACUUUCCAGCUUAGAAAAGAUUUGAAAUGUUGACACCAAAAAAAGUGAGUCAGAUUUGGAUCUAUCACCGUAAUGCCUUUGACAUUUGAAUUCUUUUGCAAGCUGGGAGAAAUAUGAUUCAUUCUAUAACUGGCUGACACAAAAAGGGUUGUCUCUCUUGUGCAUUUAGCAAUUUCGAUUUUUUUUAUUUUUACUUUGUGGACCAGUAACAAGGCAACAUUGUUUGACAGGGGCAAAGGACACAGUAUAAAACAAUAAAGGUUAAAAAUCAGGUAAUCCUCUACCCUGUAAGGACAGCAAUUCAUUUUAAUAUCAUGUAUAUAAGGAAUGGAUGAUAAGAUUUUAUGAACACAAAGGCAUCAAGUGAGGUGAAGUUACUUACAAUGAAACAACCAGAAUGUCUGAAUGACAGUCCAGUCGUUAAAGGACUGUAUAUUUCAUUUGCUCUGGAUAAAAUGACUCAUAAUCUGAAUUAAAUUGUUGAUCUCCGUUGUAUUCACCAAAUAUGAUUGUUGCAUAUUAUAUCUGAAAUCUAAGGUUGUUUAUUGUUUUUGUCACCCGUGUUUAACCUGUUUUGAAGAGUAUCUGUUAGCAAAAUGAGCAUUGAAACAGAACACUAAUGUUUUUGUCAAUUCUUUUGUCUGGAGAGCACUGAAGCGUUGAGUUGGGGUAGCUUUUUAAUAGGUUGAGACUUUUGUCAAAUAAAUGUUUCAAUUGUGUAAUGUUUACUUUCACGUUGGAGGGAUGACUCGAAAAGAAAAUGAAAAUAAACUUGUAGUGUUUGUACCGCAAACUGCUUUGAAUAGCUUUUG